GGCCGAGCGGGGCCGGUGGGUGGCGGAACGCGCGGGGUUCCCCGGGGCGCGGCGGCGCUCAGCCCGGCGGGCAGCGGAGAGACGGCGGAGGGAAGCCGCCCGCACGGUUUCCCCUUCCGCCGUUAAAGCGAGCACCGCGGGAGAGGUCCCCGGGGGUAGCGGGGCACCGGCCCCGGGCGGGAUCCGACGCUCUGGAGAGCCUCGGCCGGUCCCGGUCCCGGUCCGGUGGCCUCGUAACGCUGCGAGGCCGCCUCCGUGUCCCGGAACCGGUGCCCGCCGUUCGCGGGGGAGCCCUGAGCAGCGCCGGGAGGCGGUGGAGGAGCCGAGCAGCGCGGCGUGGCCGUGGCUCAGAGAGCGAAACGAAAGCGGCGAGGAAGAGGCGCGCUGCCCGCCCGGCUCCCGGCAGCUUUCCCCGCCGGCGGUCCGAAUUUCCCUGAAAGUGCGCCUGCGUUUCCCGAGAACUCUGCGGUGGGUUACGCGAUGGGACCGGCGGCGCCCUUCUGAGCUGUUUUCCCUCUGCCUGAAGUACCAAGGGGAGCGUUGGCCGCCCCAGGAGCAGCCCACGUGAGCUUUUUGCCGCCUUGUCGCUGGUGAGGCAUCUACGUCUCCGCAGCCCUUCCGAAACUGCGAGUCUGGGGCUGCUUCUCCUUAACGUGACUGAAAGCGAGAAGAACGUAACGAAGCCGGAGUUCUUUGCGUAGCGUUUGCAGAAUACAUCAUCCUGAAACAGUUGCUUUUUUUUAAAAAAAAAAAAAAAAAUAGCAACACCCUUGGUGGGGUAUAAAAAUGAAAGCAAAAGUAGUUACGUAAACCAAAAUUCUUGCCGCCGCCUGUAGACCUAAAUGGCUUUUCUCGUAAUCCUGUUUGGGGGGUGAAAAUAUCGUUGGGCAGCCGACUUCUGCGAUGCCCUCAGCUGUAGGAGCUGUCAGCGUGCUUUCCAGGAAAGAAGGCUGAGCUCCAGUGGGUCACAGCCUGCAGAACAGACGAGGAAAAGCACGCGGGCAGGUCUGGAACCUUCUCAAUGGCAUCGACAGCAAGCAGCGGGACUUGUGGUUCGGCCCGUGGGUACAGGACGCGAGGACCUCUGCUUCUGCGCCCGCUGUCGGGCUUGGGAAGGGAACGGGGCGUCCGGGGCUCUGGGCAGCUGCCUGGGCCCCGGGGAAGAGAGCGAUGGUCCACGGCGUCAUCGUGGUGUCCUCUGGAAGCAACAGCCGGUGGAGACGUUAAAUACAGGCAGCCUGCUUCUGCGAAGUGGUACGACCGAAGGGACUAUGUCUUUAUUGAAUUUUGCGUUGAAGACAGUAAAGAUGUUAAUGUAAAUUUUGAAAAAUCCAAACUUACGUUCAGUUGUCUUGGAGGAAGCGAUAACUUUAAACAUUUAAAUGAAAUCGACCUUUUUAAUAAUAUUGAUCCAAAUGAAUCAAAGCAUAAAAGAACAGACAGAUCUAUCUUGUGUUGUUUACGAAAAGGAGAAUCUGGUCAGGCAUGGCCAAGGCUAACAAAAGAGAGGGCAAAGCUCAACUGGCUCAGUGUGGAUUUCAACAACUGGAAAGACUGGGAAGAUGAUUCAGAUGAAGACAUGUCCAAUUUUGAUCGCUUUUCCGAGAUGAUGAACAACAUGGGUGGAGAUGACGACGUAGACCUACCAGAAGUAGAUGGGGCAGAAGAUGACUCACCAGACAGUGAUGAUGAAAAAAUGCCAGAUCUGGAGUAAGAAAAACUGUUGUCUUCAGGGUUUGGGGAAAGAACUUCAUCACAUUUCAUAAUUGAGAUAAGAAUUCCUGAGUUGAUAGCCCUAAAGGGAGAUAUUGCAUCCUUUAACCCAUUUUCAGUCCAUUUUAAAUGGCUUCACUGAUGGUAGGUGUGUACCAUUGUGCGGGGCAGUCUUAAGCCACGAGAGGCAAUAAUGUUAUGCAUGAACCGUUUUCCAGACUUCCAAAAACCAAUUGAGGUGUAGGCAAUCGAUACAGAACAGUUGCAAUAAAGUUUACAGAGCCUCCUUGCCUCGUAGCAGAUGUAAUUACAAUGGGAGAAUUCUGAAUUUACGUCAAGUGGUAAAUUGACAUUUUCCCCCCUCUGUGGCCUGCAGGUAGAUCCAAAAUUAAGCUUGUACCUGGAACAAAAACUGGCUGAACCAACGUUAGCUAAUUGGGUCACAAAAUUUAACAGGUGAUGCGCAAUACCUCUGUGGUGUCUUCAGGUGUGUUCCACUAAUGUUUUUAUUAAAAAGGAAACAAAA